GUAAGCAAAAACCUUACAUGCACGAGUCUCCUAGCUUCUCCAACCUUCAUUGGAUUUGUUCAUGGGAUUGGAACAGCCCGUAUUCCAAAAGAGCUUAUUGUUUGAAAAUUAAACUGCAAUAUUAGGACAUUGCUUAGAGCUUACUCUUAAUGGUACAAGUUCUCCAUUUCUUCCAACUGAAGACCAAACGUCCAAUGGAUGCUGAAUUUGGACACUCCUCAAGAGAGAAGGUCAGCUGACUAGAGCAGAUGUUUAGCCACCUGCGUGACAUCUCGGCCAAGCUUGAAUACCAAUGAAGGCACGUGAAGCACAGGAUGUAUCCGUCACUGCACAUUUGCAAUUCUUUGAGAUUGAUGCUUCCUAAGGAUUGAGAAGGACGCAGAAAAUGGAGUAUCAUAAUGUACCCGAGGUAACAGGGCAUCCACAUGCUCCAUUGGGUUCUGGUUAAGUAAACCAGAUGUUGAGGACCAGUCUUUUCUCAUUUGGAACCACAACUGGUCAUAAAAGGGUAUUUUAUCCUUUGGUGGAACUUCUUUUUUCCAAUAUACAAUGCCGGUUUCUAUCAUGGCCUCCAGUGGCGUCACAUCACUUUAUUGGGAGAUAUUCCCUCCGAUGCCCACCUGUCGUGUAUAUUGCACGCCAGCCUACCAGGAUGAUCACCUAUUUGUGAUUGGAGGGUGUAGCAAAAUGGGUGUGCCGUUGGACACAGUGGAAAUGUUGGAUGUGGUUUCGCAGACAUGGGCAGUUCUGCCAUCCCUUCCCACGGCACGGGCGGGUACUGCUGCAGUCACUUUGGGGAAGCAGGUCCUGGUGUUCGGUGGCAUGAAUUCUGAGCAAUGUCCAUUGGCAUCUGUGGAAAUAUACCAUACAGAUGAGGGAAAAUGGGAGAAGAAGGCUCCACUGUGCCAGCCAUCAAUGGGCAUUAGUGCCAUUGAGAAAGAAGGGACGAUAUAUGCUCUCGGAGGGAUGGGUGCAGACACAUCACCCCAAGCUUUGGUUAGAAUAUAUGAACCAGCGAAAGAUAACUGGCAGCAGCUACCUUCCAUGCCCACACCUCGUUAUGGAGCAUCCACUUUCCUACAUGGAAAUAAACUUUAUGUCUUAGGGGGACGACAGGGUAAACUUCCAGUAACAGCCUUUGAAGCCUUGGACUUAGAGGUAAAUAGCUGGACUAGAUAUCCCAGCAUCCCAAGCCGGCGUGCCUUUGCCAGUUGCACCAUGACUGAGAAUCUGUUCUUCAGUCUCGGAGGCCUACAGCAGCCAGGACCCCACAAUUUUUAUUCCCGGCCGCACUUUGUCAACACGGUGGAAUUGUUUGAUUCUGAACAGGGUGUUUGGAGUAAGCCAGGUCGCUCUACUCGAAUGAGGGAGAAAAGAGCAGACUUUGUGACGGGGUACCUUGGAGGAAGAGUGAUAGCCGCAGGAGGACUAGGCAAUCAGUCUUCACCCUUGGCUUCCGUGGAAGGUUUUAACUUGACCAAGAAGAAGUGGGAGAUUCUCCCAUCCAUGCCCACCGGUCGAUGUUCCUGCUCAAGUCUACAGUCCAGCAACAUGCUGUUUGUAAUUGGCGGUAUCGCCCAGGGACCUAGCAGUGCAGUUGAAGCCUUGUGUGUUCUAGAAGAUGUUUGAGUAACAUUUCUUUUUAAACAAUCUGAAUGAGAGAUAGUAUGUUGGAGUGGAACAAGUGCCUGUAUCUUUUACUAAGCAGAAGACAAGCCCAACAUUGAUGGAGAGGAUUUGCUCCCAAGUAGCAGUCUCACUACACCACGGCAUAUGUUUAUUCCUUAUGGGUAAGGAAACGUGGAGCAAUACUACAGAUGGAAUUGGAAUCCCAGGAAUGUAGAACUCACAGCGAUGGCCAUGUCAUUCUGGAUAUGUGACAUUUGCAAGCCUUGAUCUGUUGGUUAAUACCAAUAUUAGAUGUUAUUGUGUAGAAUCUAAGAUGUACAGUAUAUUAAAUACAUAAAUGGAAACAUUUAAUAUAUGAAAACAGACUUGCAGAUGUUCAAUGUGCAACUUAUUGAUUAGGGUUAAUUAACGUUUUGACUUACCUGCUUUUGAUUUCCAUAAUGGUAGUUACAAGUUUAACGAAGCACGUUUACACCCUUAUUUCUCAACUGCUUUAAGGGUAUCCUUGUAGCUGGAAUAAUUUACUCAGAAGAAAUCUAGCUCACACUUCAUGGGGUCUUAUCAAUAAAAAGUGAGUUACAGUACAUUAACUCCUUUUAAGAGAUUUGCCCAAAAAUGUUUAGCAGAACCUUGUGGGUUUUACCAUAUAUAGCAUGGUACAACAGGAAAAUAUACAUGUCACAUAUAUGAGCAAGGAGAAGUGAUGCCCUGUUCAAAUGAGCUUAGAAUAUAAAGGUCAAUGAUAGUUACAAUGAUGCUUUAGUAAUGUAUCCAGGAGAACGAAUAUAUGUAAUCUGGUGCAGGACACUCAACGUCUCCUGUCCCUAAAUUGGCUGGGGCUACUGCGGCUGAAGAUAAAUAUUAUAAUAAAGAGAACACUUUUUUUUUUUAUAUCAGCAAAACUGGUUUUAUUGCAGUAUCAAAGCCAUACACACACAGCAGCAAACAAGUGAUCAACUUUCAGACCUCUUCCAGAGCUUUUUCAGAGAUAAAGUGCAGACAAUAAUGUUCCGGAUAGAGCUACUUAAAAAUUGGAAAAAAAAACAUCAGUAAUGACGGCUCAAGGACCAUUUAACAGCUUAGCUAUCACCAGGGAUUAAAGAAAUGAAACCUCAGCCAAAUGCCUAAUAAAAAGUAUAGCUACUGCUCAAAACCCAGAAUUAACAAUUACCGUAUAUACUCGAGUAUAAGUCGACCCGAAUAUAAGUCAAGACCCCUAAUUUUACC